UGCUGAGCUGAAGGUCUUGUCGAUGGCGUCGAAGCUCCUGGCCCAUCGCGUGGAAGUCAGACGCGAGAGUACUCAAAGCUGAGACGUCGUUCGACUUGACGCACUGCAGCAGCUGCUCAAUGACAUGGUUGAGGCAGUCUACCGACAUGUUAGACGUAGAUAGCUCGAGUAAAGUGGUAUGAGUUGUAAGAAAGAGAGAAGAGGGGCCAAUGUGCGCUUCGACGAGGAUGUGACAGCUCGGCCCCAGGCUCAAGGUCCCUUUGUUCCAUUCGCGCCCACGCCGCUCGGGCCUCGUCUGUCUCGAGGUACACAAACCAGACAGCCGCCAUCACAUCUCCCUUCUCCACGCUACCCAUCUUUCCAAAUGACUGACCUACAACAUAUUCUGCGCGGUAUCGCAGACAGGGUCAAUGUGUUUCUUGAGGAAUUCGAUGUAGCUGGCGUGGCAACAGCGGCUCCUUCGUCAAGCAAGCUCAACGAAGACUUGAUUCCGCCCAUCAGCUGGUUUACCGGGCGACUUCAAUCCCUGUUGAAGGCUCUCCCGCUGGAUGAGUCACUUCGUCAGCAGAUCAUCAACAUCUUCACUGAGCUUGGCCAAGCAAGGCGUCUUCAGGUUCUUGAGAGAGCGACGAGCGCUCUUCAAAGCUUGGUAAGCCUCGAAGGGACGUCCGAGCAGCAAGAUCUGUACAUCAAAGCUCUGCAAAGCCAAUAUUCGCGAAGGACAAUGGAAUGUAUUCAAGUGCUUUACGACAGCCUCAAAAAGAGAUUUGUCGCUUACCAGGUCGACGUCGAUAGCGCAGCAAGCACCGCAGAGUCCUCUUCGGAGAGCGACGACGGUGACGGCUGCCCUCGAGGACAUCGACCCGCAGCCGUCAUGAUCUUGGAGCGGGCGUACGCCCACGCCCAAAACAUCACACAAGCAGAGAAGCGCAAGCUGGCCGAGCUCACUGGCCUGCAGCCACGCCAAGUUGUCAUAUGGUUCCAAAAUCGGCGCAAUCGCAAAGUCAAGACACAACGUCGCAGUGUGCUCGAAGUCAAGCAGGAAGAUGACGCGGCCGCAGCCUCGCCUCCCGCAUCACGCAAGCGACAGCGCGAUCAUGAUGAGCGCGAGGACGAUUCGCAGCCUCCUCCACCACCCUAUGAGCACAUCAAGCGUCCUCGUACCACAGCUCUCGCCACCCCACCGCCCAUGUUUGACCGUCGUCUCUUCUCCUCAUCAUCAUCUGGCUCCCUCGCCUCAAGCGUCGACAGUGGCUCCUCUCUCCUCUCCUGGCACCGUGAUCAGCGUCAGCCCGACGCAAGCAGCGAGACGACCUUCUCCAGCCCUCUCUCAUCGAACAGCCCCGCCUCAGUCUGGCACGACUCGCCGUGCAAGAGUCGCUCAACCAACACUGCAGCGCCCUUCCUUGGCCCCAAUCCGGUGCUGCUCGCACCCUCGGGGGAGACGUACAUCUUCCAGGAUGAGGAGACGAACGUGCCCCAGCUGGGCUUCGAGGAGCUGCAGCUCGACCCGCAAUCGCUCAACGAGAACCUCAAGCUUAGCUUUGAUGGGCUGGCGGCAGGCACGCAGCCUGGCCUUGUCAACGGGUGGCAGAGGAGUGAUGUCACUAAUUGCACGCCGGGCCUUGCGGGGGUAGCUGCAGGGCGACACGAUCAAGACAAGGAGUCGCUCAUGGAGGCCAAUGCAUUCGGACUCGCCCUCACUCUAAGUGGCGAGCACAGCUGCGGUGCCAACACUCUCGCUCCCUCUGCUGCUGCGGGCGAAGAUAGCAUGGACGGCCUCUUCGACUUCGACUUCUCAGCACCCGAUGCCGCCAACGGGAGCAGCAGCGACUUCGACUUCAGCUUCGGCCUGGACUUGCCCUUCUGCUUCUCGCCGAAGCAGCUUGGCCUGCCCCUCGCUUUCGACUUUGCUCGCCAGGCAUUUAGCGACGUUGAAGCGGAGAUGUACGCCUCGUACUCGUCGUGUGAGAUGAGCGGCAGCGACACGGAUGGGGAUGCCGAGGUCGAGCUGCACGGAACUACUGACCGUAGGGCUGCGAAAGCAACGGCAGCCACUUCGCCAAGCAUCCAGGGCCCGCAUGCUACGAGCGUAGCCUUCUAGGUUCGUCCGCUUCAGUUGAGCCUCUCGUGAUCGCGUAUUCCGGUUUCGUCUCGUCUCAGCUGCGGUCUGGUCUAUUGGUCUCAUAUCUCUCAUAGCGUCCCGCUUCGUUUCGUAUUGUCGCUUCUCGCUCUCAAUCCCGCAAAAGCCAAAUCA